AUGGCUGAAUCUGCUGCUUGGCCCAUGGCCGACAAGAAGCUCGAGCAGGAGCUCUUGGAUCUUGUCCAGUCUGCGACCCACGCUCGUCAACUGAAGAAGGGCGCCAACGAGGCCACCAAGACCCUGAACCGUGGUGUCUCCGAACUCGUCGUGCUCGCUGCUGACACUUCGCCUUUGGCCAUUCUCCUGCAUAUCCCUCUUCUCGCUGAGGACAAGAACGUGCCCUACGUCUACGUCAAGCACAAGACCCAGCUCGGCCGCGCCUGCGGCGUCAGCCGCCCUGUUAUCGCUGCCAGCAUCACCAGCAACGACGCCAGUGAGCUGGCCGGUCAGAUCCGUGCCAUGCGCGACAAGGUCGAGCGUCUCGCCAUCUAG